UUCACCUUCACCUACCUGGCUUGGCUCAUCUACUCCAUCGCCUUCACGCCCAAGGUGGUGCUUAUCCUCGGCACGUCCAUCCUGGACCUCAUCGAGCUGCGCGCGCCCUUUGGCACCACGGGCUUCCGCCUCACCAUGGCGCUGUCGGUGCCCCUGCUCUACAGCCUGGUGCGGGCCAUCAGCGAGGCGGGCGCGCCUCCUGGUUCUGCGGGACCCCUGCUCCUGCAGCCCCAGCAACACCGGGCUGCUGGCUGCUUCCUGGGCACGUGUCUAGAUCUGCUCGACAGCUUUACCCUGGUGGAGCUGAUGUUGGAAGGGCGGGUGCCGCUGCCCCCGCACCUGCGAUACCUGCUUAUCUCUGUCUACUUCCUCACCCUUGCCUCGCCGGUGCUCUGGCUCUACGAGCUCAACUCCACAGCUGUGGCAGCGUCGUCCUGGGGCCAGGCCUCAGGCCCUGGCAGCUGCAGCCGCCUUCUGCGCCUACUGAGUGGCUGCCUGGUGGAUGUGCCCUUGCUAGCGCUGCGGUGCCUCCUGGUGGUGAGCUUCCAGCAGCCCCUCUCCAUCUUUAUGCUCAAGAACCUCUUCUUCCUUGGCUGCCGAGGCCUGGAGGCCCUAGAGGGCUGUUGGGAUCGGGGGAGUCGGACCUCCCCUACUCGGGCUAGGGGCAGUUAUGGUGCUCCACCUUCUGCCCCACCGCCCCCGUCGCCACCACCUCAGGGAGGUUCCCAGCUGGGCCACUGCAUCUCUGAGAACGAGGGGGGUCCCCAUGGUUAUGUCAACACGCUGGCUGUCGCUUCCCAGAAUUGA